CUGAGAAUUGGAAUCGGUGGGUUGGGGGCAGCCACGCCAGCACGGCAUGGAUGAGAAAUAGUGAAGCUUCGAAAUAGCGCUCUGGGCAGCUUUGAGGAAGCUCCCAAGUUUAGCAUUUGUCUGCUCCUGUCCGUGAAGGGACUCAAACUGGUAAUUAUGCAUAUGUUUCGGCACAGUGGCUCUACUUACAGUAGUCCCUACAAGGCUCUUGAAGGCAAGCAUAUACACUGCCCGCAAAUGCAUCUUCGCCGAUUCCGAUCACAGCAUUUUCACAACCUCGGGCGGACCGGCACCAAGCGCACCAAGGCCAGGACAGCGCUCGAGAUAUGGCAUCUGUAAGUGAAAAUCAUUCUUUGGCGAAGUUAACAACGAUCCUUUGCUUAAAGCAUCUUGGAUCAACCGCUGUCAGCAGGGUGACUCAUGUUCUCGGCACCCAGGAACCGCCUGGCAGGCAGCCUUUGGCCACUCCGGGCGCUUUGGCUUUUUGCUCGCCAGGUGGAGUUCUGGGCCGUCCAAAGUGCCGUGGUUCCAAGAGUGUCCUCGAAAACACCGAAUCACCGUCUUCAAGAAGGUAAACCGAGGCUGAGCAUUUGAGGCUGAGUGAGGCCCUGAGGUACCUAAGAGUCUAAGAGCUCAAGAUUCAAAGCACGUGGUUAAAUGGUGUUUUGGAUGGACUCUGAUGUCCUGCCACCAAGCCAGUUUCAAGGAAGGACAUGGUCCUACAUGUCCACAGCUUUGGUGACUGUGGUACUGUAGAUAUGUCAGAUCUUGAGCAUUGACUAAACUAACCGCAUGUGAGUAGACAUAAACCAUUCAACGCCUAUGAAUGCCUGGCUGUUAAAGUAAGUCUUGACGUGCGCGCAAUCAGCAAUGUCUGCUGGUUGCCGCCAGCAUUCUUCUUUUGGAAUAUUCGAUGGAGGAGCAGCUUGACCCCUGCAUUGCCACAGGCAACCUACUACUAGUUGCCAACCGGUAAGAUGCCCAAUUCCCAAUUACGGACUGUCUGCACGUCUAGGAGCUGGUGAAACACAAUUUGGCAACUGGCUCGGCGCAGCGCACGGAAGACUCUGGCAAAAGCUUUUGCAGUUUGAUGCGCAAAUUGGGGGCUGGCUUCGGCUCCAACCGGACAAAAUGCAAAGCCUUCCACAAUGCCCGUGGAAUAAAGCACCAUGAAGCCUAAUUCUGAAGUCAAAUGAGCAAUUCCUUUCAAAACUCAGCCUGUGCUGCAUCCUGUGGCGCCUUUGUGCUGUGUCUAAUUGUUGAGCACAAGGUUGCCAGGUCUUCUACGGAAAACCUUGUCUGCUUGCAUCAAAUUUAACACUUGCAUCUCUUGCCUGCUUUGCGCCGCCUGUCACAGGUUGAGCCAGGGCUCAACGAGUGCAAACCAACAGUGAACACUUGCAAAACUGUAUAGGUUCAGCUGUUUUUAGUUCCAUCACCGGACGAAUCGCAUCAAACCGCUGCAUCCUCUAGGAGCUGGUCAGCUUGAACUCAAAAAUGAUUGUGUUGCCACUGGAUGCCGCUGGCUACAGUUCAUUAUAUUUACUUGAUCUUGUAAUGAUUGUGUUGCCACUGGAUGCCGCUGGCUACAGUUCAUUAUAUUUACUUGAUCUUGUCAAAGGCUUGAGCUUAAGCACCUUUGCAAAAGGUUGAGAAGUUGAGGGGGGCAUAUAAGGGAUGAAAAGUGACAGCUGCAUGCCCCGAAGUGGAAAAUACGGUCAAAGGAGUUUCCCACGACGACGGCUUUUGCUCAAGAAAAUUGUUUGAUUCCUGUGCAAGUGGUGCCCCUACGGGUUUGUCUCCGCAUGAUGGCAGCAUCUGAAAUCAGCUUGUGCACCAGGCCUUUUUCCAACAGCCUCAGCCUCAUCAAGCCCCAAAAAAUUGUAUGAUUGUAGGAGGCGGAGGGCAGAGUCCUUAAGUCAUUGAGAAAGGCCUUUUUGCCCUUUCUACUGGUUAGAAAUAUCGCUUGCCGAUGCGUUGCCCUGGUUCCUUGCUGCCUUGCUGCAUUGCCCUGACCGUGUUGAGCGACACUGGUUGCCAGAAGUUGUCCGACAAUGACUCAGCACUUUUGAUCAUUGUCCCACUUCUUUGAGAGCGAAGUUCUACACCUGUGGGCCUAUGGGGCUAAGCAAGGAGCAACUUCCAUUGGCAACGCCCUCCCAAAGCCAAAACCCACCCGUGCCGCUGACACUACAAGUUUCUAUUGCAAGGCGUGGUCACACAAAUGGUCUACAUCUCGCUUCUCUGAACAUAUUCUAUCACAUAUCCAGCUCGAUCAAAUCAACAAAUGUGCGGCUUGGCAGGAUCCACAUCCGGAUUUGUUUUUAUGAAUCAGUGACUUAGUGCGUGAAAGCACCUGAUGAUUAGUUAUGUUCCAAGGCAUCCCAAGCUACCAUUCCCACACCUACCAAAAAGUGUUCUUCCGCACUUUCUGUGCACUGCAUAACGUCUGAAGCCACAUUUGCACGAUGUGCCAAGCAAAAAUGAAGCCUGAACUCCACUCAUUGCUUUCAAUGCGCUUCCACAAAGCAAAACACAAGAAGUUUCAAGCCUUUGUGUGAAAAGCCUCUGCCUCAGCCGGGCCGGAACCAACUUGAAGCAACAUUCAUCACACCAUUUAUGCGGACGAUGUGAAAAAUGGAACUAUACUGGGAACAGGUCUGCUUCAACAAAUGCAAAUUCUCGGACAUUUGGACUAAUCAGGCAGCAAGACAACCAACAUCAGCGAGCCCAAUCUCAGGCUUCAAUACUUAUUGCAAAGGUAACAGCACUUCCAGCAGGCAGUCCUCAAACCCCUGGAAAUGCAAUGUGCAAGUUGCAAAGCUCCCUCAAACCAUCCUGGACACCAGCUCUCCGAAGAGUUGGGAGAUUGUGGUUUGCAUUGCAUGCCAACUUUCAUAGCUUCAGCAUUGCCGGCCAAAAACGGAAAGCCGGACUGCCGGACUCAUGGUGCAACAAAGUUUAGGAACAUCCACAUGCAGCAGGAGCUUGCUCUCAAACAUGACUUCGUCCGAAGGACAAACCGUGGCACCUAUGCAACGUAUCUGAACAUGGGCUGGUCUGAACAAACAUCCUUCCGGCCUGUUGCUGCGCAUCUCACUACUGUUGCGGCCACCCUGAACACUUGCCGGACACGACAAGUGGAGAGCCACAAGUUGUCAACGUGUCCAAGAAGAACAAGGCCGUGCAACAAGACCUUUCUAGGGAUUCUAGGGUCCACGCUCAAAUCAUUGUCAGGGAAACAUGGCGACCGAAAACACGGCUCGGUUCUCUUCAGGCGAACAAACAUGGCUCACAUGGCUCUUGGACACCCAAACAACGCAUUUGAAUUCGCGGCUGUGGCAAAGAUACCGCACUGCCAAACAGGUGUCCUUGCCAGCUGUGGGUGGGCAGAAUCGUGCACAUUUUGGGGUUGGCAGACUUUAGGAGACGGAAUUUCAUGCUCUGCAACUUGCAUGAGCUGUAUGAGCGAUGUCUCAAACACUCUUAUGGACACCACUAAUCACACCAGCCCAAAAAUCAAUGAAUAGACAGUCAGGCCAUGCAAGCGGGGGAAUGAAACCAUAUAGGCCCAUGUAGCAGCAUGCAGACUUUGCUGCAACAGGGUGCAUGUUGCUUGCUGCAAUCUUCUCUCUGGGUUGCAGCUCCAGAAAAUUCUCCAGAAAAUAGCAAGCUUAGCUUACCAGUGGUCCUCCUACGGCCCUACAGCAGGUCUGGUGCAAAAGAGUCAGCUUCUGGCUGAAUAGAUCCAUCCAUACAGGUUGGUCCGUACAUAAAACAGAAUCAUGUAUACAGUAUAUAAGUAGUGACUGUGGGUCUUGGCCUUGGCCCAGUGGCUUCAACUUGCGCAACGCGGCGCGGUGCACAUUGAUAAGGAAUUCGGAAUGCAUGCUUCCGUUGGUUGGCAUGGGCCCUAAGCACAACAGAAUGGCUUUACCCAAACAAACUGGUCUGAGUCUUUAGUUUUCCAACCUCCGAAGAUUCAAUGCAAACGUGAAUCCAUCCAAUUCCUGCAAUCAAAAAAACAAAAGCACAGUGCACGACACGAAACGAGGAAUUGAAUUGUUCAGAUUUGGGGCAAGCCCUCUUUCAAUGUGAGAAGAAAUUGACAAUAGGACGGUUUCCUCACCUCUCCUUUGUGGCGAGGCAAAAGGCAACAAGAAGCACAAUGAACUACACUACUUACUAUAGUAACUUAGGACUUGUCGAACAUAUAUGGCGAUUCCAAAGGCCUAUGUCAUCAAUUUUGAACCAACAUGGUCAUUUGCUCUGAAGUCAGUCCUAUGUCAUCAGGCCACAGCCAUCACAAUCCCCGGAAAAAUGAGGCUUUCAGUGUUCAGUGAAGAUGCUUGAUGUAUUUUGCUUUCUUUAUUGUGGAGGCGCCCAAAGGACCUAAGGCACCAGGUUUCCCCACCCAAACAUCCUGUAUUGCUCGAUGUGUGAGCGCAAAUGACCUAGCCCUGUGGGUAGCCGUGUGGGUAUGUCAGUUGAACCACAUUUGCCUAAGUCACUAGACAGUAGUAUACGUCUACGUGGCAAUUUGAUCGAGCAGAAUGCCUAUACUUGAAGAAACGCAAGGUGCUUCUGGCUCAUGCUGCGUUCCACACAUACCACAAAGCCUGCCCAAGGCCAAAGCAAUCAAACCAGCACCUGUGUUCUAGCUCCAUCAUCACCCGAUAAAACAAAGUUGGACUUGGACCGUGGCUUGCCCGGACCCGAUGUCUGGCCAAUUGAUAUCGGUUGAACAAACAAGUGAAUUGUGAUUGCUGACCUUAUUCGGCAAGUGGGAAAUAUAGCCUCACAUGGUACUUGGCUUUUGUGCAGCUUGUCCGACUACACAUGUGGGCAAGAUUGCCCGACAAUGCAAAUCAAAUCCUUCGUACAAGAACACAUGAACAGCCGUCCCAGCCAAGGUGCUUAUUGAGUGGUGGAGAAACGUCUGCAUUUCCAACGCGUGUCUGUGCGAGGAAAAUGAUUUCACACAGCAAACCCCUCCCAAAUGUUCGGACUUCCUCCUGCCAAGCAAAGCAGGGUAGAAUAAAGAAGCUGACGGUAAGAAAACAAGAUGCUGACUUGAGAACUUCCAUCUUCUGAUCACUGAGUGGUUGGUCUCGCUUUUCUACAUUGUGAGCAACUCACAAGCAAUCUCCUUGUUAACUCCGCAAAAGGCCUGGCACAGGACAAACUGAUGAAGCAUUUCCUUUUGCUGGCUCUACUUUAGAUCAACUUGGUGGCUUUCCAUGACUUUGCUCUGGCAAACCAGGGCUAUGCCUUUUAAAUUCAUCUUACAGUUUCUUUGAGGCACUUGUGUGAUAGAUUUGCAGGCUACAUGUAAAGCAAGCAUUCACAAUUGCUUGAAGUGGUGGCAUUGCUCCGAACACAAAAGACCGUCUGCUCAAACAUGGCUGCACAUAGCUCUGCCAAAGAACAAAGCACGCUGAUGUACAAUUACCAUCAAUUGAAGCUCGAAAUCAACGCACCUUUGUUGGAACCCUUUGCGACAUGAUAUGUUGAACUGGGACCGAAAACAACAGCUCAGCUCACUGGCCACAUCCGACGCCGAAACGUUGGGCUAUGAUGUUCGAUGCGGCUGCGCGGGUUGUACCAAGCCGCCUCAUGGGAAAGGCUAGCGACCGGCAAGUCACCGAGUCGACCGGCGAUGCAAUCGCUUCAAUCGCUUCGGGAUCUUCACGGUGAAAUCGCAGCCUGGGACCGAACGAAAUGGACUAAGCAAAGAGGUCAACUUCGGCAACUGAAUUCUCGAAGAGUUGGAUAUGAUCAUAUCGUGGUGCAUUCAAAGGCAAGAAUGAGGCUACCCCGACUGGGGUGCCUAUGAUGCAACACUUGAGCACCGCUGUGUUCUAAAAUUCGUGAACCACGCGGAUGCGCUCCGAAACAGCACAUGUUUGUUUCAUUAACAUGGAGCUUGGAGCCUUAUCAAUUUGGGAAUGAAGCCCUGCACUACAUUAACAAAAAGCCUGGAUGAAAUCGGGCCGACUUCUGUGCCGAUGUAAAGAACGACCGUUUUUGGAGGGUUCUGCCAUUUGCUAUGUUACGAGUAGAGCCCAGUAGUGCGAUUUGCCGAGGAAUUUACAGCUUCUUCUUCACUCACCGAAAGUCAACCAAACUUUGGAAGUCAAAACAUUGAAAAACAUAGAAACACUGUUGCUCAGCUUCCUGUGGAGUGAAGUAGAAUUUACUCUACCACGAUGAUUCAGUUUCACGCAUCCUUACCAUCUCGCGCCUGCACUUACCACAAACACCCAAAGGGCAGGGCCUAACAUUAUGUAGAUUGAGCGCCUCGUGCCGGCUUGCUUCGGCUUAACAAAUGCGGAAUACCAAGGCUACAGCUUGAAAAAAACAAUGAUGCAUAUCAUAUAAGUAAGCACAUGUUACAUGUCUUUAAAGCAAUUGGUCGACAGUACCCACUUGCUUAACAAAUCCUUGUCAGCUCUUGCUAGCAUGCAUUAGAAGUGCUUCUCGAAGGGAUCCUUGUGGCUUCAAAACGCAAAACAUGAGAUUGCUUCACCUGGAGUGUCCAAAAUGCGCU